GGACUGUCCGGGGUGAGCAGAAAGAACUGUCCAGGAUGAGCAAGGAAAAAAGAUAAAGUUGGAUGUCAGAGGUAUUUAGGCCAAUUCAGGACUUUACAGAUGCCUUGUCUGAAGAGCGGUAUGUCAGUGUGUCCUACGUCAAGCCAGUACUUUAUCUGUUCAACACCACCAUUCUUGCUGAGGAAGACAACAAUACUGAACUAACCAAGGAUGUGAAAAGAAACAUUCUAGCCUACUUGAACGAGAAAUCCAGCACAGAUGACCAGCUCAAUAUCACAUCUUUCCUUGAUCCACGAUACAGAACAACCUAUACAAAAGAAAGAAAAAGUCAAACACGUAAUUUCCAGAGCACUCGAAGAGAUCAAGUCACUAAAGGAUCAACAGCAGGCCCCUCCAUCAGGGCCUGUUGCUCCGCAAGAGGAAAAAAGGAUAAAUACCUUGUCCAGCUAUUUAAAAAAGCACAGCACCAGCAGCAUGGGCAACACCGGUGAAACUCUCUCAGAGGGGGAAACCAUCAAGAUGGAGCUGAGCGCCUACUUGCUGACUACAGAGGUUGAAAUUGAUACAGACCCUUUGGAUUGGUGGAGAUCCAAUCAGGCAAAUUUCCCCGUGCUGCAAAACUAGCUCGAUGGCAUUUAUGCAUACCAUACCAGAGAUUGUUCAGCACUGAUGGCAACAUUGGCACGUACCACAGAGCUGCACUGAAACCAGAUGCUGUGGACUGUCUGGUUUUUCUUGCUCAAAAUUUGUAAUGGCUGAGAUGCUCAAUUUAUAAAGCUUGUCCAUAAAGUUCAAAUGUGUAAAUAUUAUUUCUACGCUACAAUUUAAUCCUGCAAGCCAAGUUGCACUUGUUUUAUAGUUCGAUACUUGAAUACUGUGUACUGUGCUGGGCUGGAG